AUGCCUCACACUUCGGUCACGAUCAUCGUCUCCCCCUACCACGUCGGCCUCUACGACCACCGCGUCGGCUCCGGGCCUCUCCGCAUCUUGUCCCAUGGCCUGGCCGACAAACUCGAGGCCCUCACGCCCAUCAAGUUCGUCAACAUCGGUCCCGUCGACGACUUCGAGGGCGAGAUUGGAAGGACGUUCGAGGUGAUUCGCCGCGUUUCCGCUGCCGUCUCCAGCGCGGUAUCUGACGGCUCGUUCCCGCUCGUCUUGUCGGGCAACUGUUACGCCAGCGCUGCCGUGGCGGCCGGCCUGAACGAGUCUGUCCCUGAUUUGAAAGUCCUGUGGAUCGACGCGCACGACGAUUUGGAUACCCCGUCCACGAACGAGAACGGGUACCUUGACGCGAUGGCCUUGUCGAUGAUGAGCGGGCUGAGCUGGCACAGGCUCAUGGGCUCUGUGCCGGGACAUGUCCCUGUGAGCUUGGACAGAGUGGCGUACUGCGGGUUGAGGGAUGUGAGUGAGACUCAGAGGGAGACUGUCACGGAAGCCGGCAUUGAUGUCGUCUGGGGCAAUGCGGAGAAGAAGGUUGAUUUUGGAGCGGAGCUGGGCACUCUGUUGGAUCGGAAGCGGUUUGAAAAAACCCAUGUUCACUUGGACCUGGACGUCUUGGACGAGUCUCUGGGGAGGGUCAAUGAUUGGCCCUCCCCGGGAGGCUUGGAUGCCCAGGAUCUGAUGAACUGUCUGGAGACGAUACCGAAGAAGACGGAGCCGACGAGCCUGGUGGUGUGUUCUUUCAACGCGAGGUUGGAGGGGGGAGACACGAUUGCAAGACUUGCCGUCAAGGGCAUUCUUCAGUUUGUGCAGGGUCUCAAGGACCGUGGGGUACUGACUACCAACUCAUGA